CAGCCAGCGAGCAGCAUCAGUUCCAGGCUCGGGGACCCUCUCCGGUGCCAGUGCCCAUGCGGGGCCGCCGCCAGUGACGCCUGAGAGGUGACUCUGCCCUCUCUGGGGCAAGUGCAGCGGCUGAAUUACCAACCCACGCCACAGAAAUGGCCGGGGCUUCUGUGAAGGUGGCGGUCCGCGUCCGCCCCUUCAAUUCCCGGGAAAUGAGCCGUGACUCCAAGUGCAUCAUCCAGAUGUCAGGAAGCACCACCACUAUUGUUAACCCCAAACAGCCCAAGGAGACACCCAAGAGCUUCAGCUUUGACUACUCCUACUGGUCACAUACCUCGCCCGAGGACAUCAACUAUGCCUCUCAGAAGCAGGUGUACAGGGACAUCGGAGAAGAGAUGCUGCAGCAUGCCUUUGAGGGCUACAAUGUGUGCAUCUUUGCCUAUGGGCAGACAGGGGCGGGCAAGUCCUACACCAUGAUGGGGAAGCAAGAGAAGGACCAACAAGGCAUCAUCCCACAGCUCUGUGAAGACCUCUUCUCUCGCAUCAAUGACACGACCAAUGACAACAUGUCCUACUCCGUGGAGGUCAGCUACAUGGAGAUUUACUGUGAGCGGGUCCGUGACCUCCUGAACCCCAAGAACAAAGGCAACCUACGUGUGAGGGAGCACCCUCUGCUGGGGCCCUAUGUGGAAGACCUCUCCAAACUGGCUGUAACUUCCUACAAUGACAUCCAGGACCUCAUGGACUCAGGGAACAAGGCUAGGACUGUGGCGGCCACAAACAUGAAUGAGACCAGCAGCCGUUCCCACGCUGUCUUCAACAUCAUCUUCACCCAGAAGCGCCAUGAUGCAGAGACCAACAUUACCACAGAGAAAGUGAGCAAAAUCAGCCUUGUGGACCUGGCUGGCAGUGAACGAGCAGACUCCACCGGAGCCAAGGGCACACGACUCAAGGAGGGAGCCAACAUCAACAAGUCUUUGACCACCCUGGGAAAGGUCAUCUCUGCCCUGGCUGAAAUGGACUCUGGACCCAACAAGAACAAGAAAAAAAAGAAGACAGACUUCAUCCCUUACCGAGACUCCGUACUGACCUGGCUUCUCCGGGAAAACCUGGGUGGUAACUCAAGGACAGCCAUGGUGGCAGCCCUGAGCCCUGCAGACAUCAACUAUGAUGAGACCCUCAGCACACUGAGAUAUGCAGACCGGGCCAAACAGAUCCGCUGUAACGCCAUUAUCAAUGAAGACCCUAAUAAUAAGCUGAUUCGAGAGCUGAAGGAUGAAGUGACCAGGCUGCGAGACCUGCUGUACGCCCAAGGUCUUGGCGAUAUCACUGACACCAACACUGUGCCUGGAGGACCCAAAUACAUGUCCGACCUUGAGAACAGGAACCAUAACUCUGGUGGGGCCGAGCUAAGCCAAGCCCCUAACAAUCUCUCCACAGUGACCAAUGCCCUGGUGGGCAUGAGUCCCUCAUCUUCGCUCUCAGCCCUGUCCAGCCGUGCGGCCUCUGUGUCCAGUCUCCAUGAGCGCAUCUUGUUUGCUCCAGGCAGUGAGGAGGCUAUUGAAAGGCUGAAGGAAACAGAGAAGAUCAUCGCCGAACUCAAUGAGACCUGGGAGGAGAAGCUGCGGCGGACAGAAGCCAUCCGGAUGGAGAGGGAAGCCUUGCUGGCUGAGAUGGGUGUGGCCAUGAGGGAAGACGGUGGCACCUUGGGUGUGUUUUCUCCCAAAAAGACACCUCAUCUUGUCAACCUGAACGAGGAUCCAUUGAUGUCUGAGUGCCUCCUUUACUACAUCAAAGAUGGAGUCACCAGAGUGGGCAGAGAAGAUGCAGAGAGGCGGCAAGACAUCGUCCUGAGUGGGCACUUCAUCAAGGAGGAGCACUGCAUCUUCCGGAGUGACUCCCGGGGAGGUGGAGAAGCCGUGGUGACCCUGGAGCCCUGUGAAGGAGCCGACACGUAUGUCAAUGGCAAGAAAGUCACUGAGCCCAGCAUCCUGCGGUCAGGAAACCGCAUCAUCAUGGGUAAGAGCCACGUGUUCCGGUUUAACCAUCCUGAGCAGGCCCGCCAAGAGCGGGAGCGAACGCCCUGUGCAGAGACACCUGCUGAGCCAGUGGACUGGGCCUUCGCCCAGCGUGAGCUGCUGGAGAAACAGGGCAUCGACAUGAAGCAGGAGAUGGAGCAGAGGCUCCAGGAGCUGGAAGACCAGUACCGGCGGGAACGGGAGGAGGCCACAUACCUGCUGGAGCAGCAGAGGCUGGACUAUGAGAGUAAGCUGGAGGCCCUCCAGAAGCAGAUGGAUUCCAGGUACUACCCAGAGGUGAAUGAGGAGGAGGAAGAACCAGAGGAUGAAGUCCAGUGGACAGAGCGGGAGUGUGAGCUGGCAUUGUGGGCCUUCCGGAAAUGGAAGUGGUACCAGUUCACUUCUCUACGGGACCUGCUGUGGGGCAAUGCCAUCUUCCUGAAGGAGGCCAAUGCCAUCAGUGUGGAGCUGAAGAAGAAGGUCCAGUUCCAGUUCGUCCUCCUCACAGACACCCUCUACUCCCCGCUGCCGCCAGACCUACUGCCUCCAGAAGCUGCCAAAGACCGAGAGACACGGCCCUUCCCUCGAACCAUCGUGGCAGUGGAGGUCCAGGACCAGAAGAAUGGGGCCACCCACUACUGGACGCUGGAGAAACUCAGGCAACGCCUGGACCUGAUGCGGGAGAUGUAUGACAGGGCCGCCGAGGUGCCCUCCAGCGUCGUUGAGGACUGUGACAACGUGGUGACUGGCGGGGACCCCUUCUACGACCGCUUCCCCUGGUUCCGGCUGGUGGGCAGGGCCUUCGUGUACCUGAGCAACCUGCUGUACCCCGUGCCCCUGGUGCACCGCGUGGCCAUCGUCAGCGAGAAGGGAGAGGUGAAAGGCUUCCUCCGUGUGGCGGUACAGGCUAUAUCAGCUGACGAGGAGGCACCAGAUUACGGCUCAGGUGUCCGUCAGUCAGGAACUGCUAAAAUCUCCUUUGAUGACCAGCAUUUUGAAAAGUUUCAGUCUGAGUCCUGCCCUGUGGUGGGGAUGUCCCGCUCAGGGACCUCCCAGGAGGAGCUGCGCAUUGUAGAAGGCCAGGGUCAGGGUGCUGACUCCGGGCCUUCAGCUGACGAGGUCAACAACAACACCUGCUCAGCUGUGCCUCCUGAAGGUCUCCUAGAUAGCCCUGAGAAGUCUGCCCUGGAUGGGCCCCUGGACACGGCCCUGGACCACCUCCGUCUAGGCAGCACCUUCACCUUCCGCGUGACAGUCCUGCAGGCAUCCAGCAUCUCUGCUGAAUAUGCUGACAUCUUCUGCCAGUUCAACUUUAUCCACCGCCACGAUGAGGCCUUCUCCACUGAGCCCCUGAAGAACACUGGCAGGGGACCCCCUCUUGGCUUCUACCAUGUCCAAAAUAUUGCGGUAGAGGUGACCAAGUCCUUCAUCGAGUACAUCAAGAGCCAGCCCAUUGUGUUUGAGGUCUUCGGCCACUACCAGCAGCACCCAUUCCCACCUCUUUGCAAGGAUGUGCUCAGCCCCCUGAGGCCCUCACGUCGCCACUUCCCCCGGGUCAUGCCACUGUCGAAGCCAGUACCUGCCACUAAGCUCAGCACCAUGACACGGCCUUCCCCAGGUCCCUGCCAUUGCAAGUACGACCUGCUGGUCUACUUCGAGAUCUGCGAGCUGGAAGCCAAUGGCGAUUACAUCCCUGCUGUGGUAGACCACCGUGGAGGGAUGCCAUGCAUGGGGACCUUCCUUCUCCACCAGGGCAUCCAGAGACGGAUAACUGUGACGCUGUUGCAUGAGACAGGAAGCCACAUCCGCUGGAAGGAAGUGCGAGAGCUGGUUGUGGGUCGCAUCCGAAACACUCCAGAAACUGACGAAUCUCUGAUUGACCCCAACAUCUUGUCCCUCAACAUCCUCUCCUCGGGAUAUGUCCACCCGGCCCAGGAUGACCGGCAGUUUCUUGAUUCGGACAUACCUAGGACCUUCUACCAGUUUGAAGCAGCCUGGGACAGCUCCAUGCAUAACUCUCUCCUGCUGAAUCGUGUCACCCCUUACCGGGAGAAAAUCUACAUGACCCUCUCUGCCUACAUUGAGAUGGAGAACUGCACCCAGCCGGCUGUCAUCACCAAGGACUUCUGCAUGGUUUUCUACUCUCGUGACGCCAAGCUACCCGCCUCACGCUCCAUUCGCAACCUGUUCGGCAGUGGGAGCCUGAGGGCCACAGAAGGCAACCGUGUGACGGGUGUGUAUGAGCUCAGCCUUUGCCAUGUGGCCGACGCAGGUAGCCCAGGGAUGCAGCGCCGGCGCCGGCGGGUGCUGGACACAUCAGUGGCCUAUGUCCGGGGUGAGGAGAACCUGGCUGGCUGGAGGCCUCGGAGUGACAGCCUGAUCCUGGACCAUCAGUGGGAGCUGGAGAAACUGAGCCUCCUACAGGAGGUGGAGAAGACACGGCACUACCUGCUCCUACGGGAGAAGCUGGAGACCACCCAGCGGCCUGGCCCUGAGGCGCUGUCCCCAGCCUCCAGCGAGGACUCUGAGUCCCGCAGCUCCUCGGGUGCCUCUUCCCCACUGUCCGCUGAGGGUCAGCCAUCGCCUCUGGAGGCCCCCAAUGAGAGGCAGAGGGAGCUGGCCGUCAAGUGCUUACGACUCCUCAUGCACACAUUCAACAGAGAGUACACCCACAGCCACGUCUGUGUCAGUGCCAGCGAGAGCAAGCUCUCUGAGAUGUCUGUCACCCUGAUGCGGGACCCAUCCAUGUCCCCUCUGGGUGCAGCUACGCUCACCCCCUCCUCCACUUGCCCCUCUCUGAUUGAAGGACGCUAUGGUGCCACCGACGUGAGGACCCCCCAGCCCUGCUCCCGGCCCGCCAGCCCAGAGCCCGAGCUCCUGCCAGAACUUGACUCCAAGAAGACUCCCUCCCCUACUGGAGCAACAGAGGCAGACAAGGAGCCCCAGCGUCUGCUGGUCCCCGACAUCCAAGAGAUCCGAGUCAGCCCAAUCGUCUCCAAGAAGGGGUACUUGCACUUCCUGGAACCGCACACGGCUGGCUGGGCCAAGCGCUUCGUGGUGGUGCGGCGCCCCUACGCCUACAUGUACAACAGCGACAAGGACACCGUAGAGAGAUUUGUGCUCAACCUCUCCACUGCUCAGGUGGAGUACAGCGAGGACCAGCAGGCCAUGCUCAAGACACCCAACACGUUUGCUGUGUGCACUGAGCACCGAGGCAUCCUGCUGCAGGCCAACAGUGACAAGGACAUGCACGAUUGGCUGUAUGCCUUCAACCCGCUCCUGGCUGGGACCAUCCGGUCCAAGCUCUCCCGGAGGAGAUCUGCGCAGAUGCGGGUCUGAGCCGAAGCCUUCCGGACAUCCAGUGGCCCAGACCACUCCCCUGUCCUUCUCAUCUGUCCUGUCAUCUGCCACUCAGCCCUUCCCCCACCAGGGGACACCUGUGCUGGGCCCAGCAACCCCACCUCUGGCGGGAGGCCUAUGCCACAUGACGAAUUGUGCCCCCA